AGAUGGAAAACAAAGGGGGAUUAUAAGAUAAUUCCUUCUAUAAUAGGAAGAUCCCCCAAGAUAAUUCCUUCUAUAAUAGGAAGAGGGCUUCUUAAAGAACAGAGAAACACAAAUUAAACAGUUGGAGAAUCAAGAAGAAGAAUAACUCGUUAUCUCAAAAUUAUAAAAUACACAAAAAGAUAUGGGUUACUGGAAAUCGAGGGUUGUUCCAACAAUGAAGAAAUUAUUCGAGAGAAUCCCAACAAAGAAGGCUCUAGUUGUUGAGGCUAGCAAGUCCUUAACCUUCGAUGAUUCUAAGGAAGCAAUCAACAAGGAGAUCGAGGAGAAAAGGACAGAACUGGAACCCAAGGUCGUGGAAAUCUACGAAGCAACGUCUGCUGAACUAAAGGCUUUGGUGAAGGAGCCUAAGGAGGAUGGUUUAAUGAAACAUUCUGCCGAGGUGCACAAAUUCCUCGAGGCGCUUGUCGAAAUUGGGUUCCCUGGUUCAAAGGCUGCAUGUGAAGUUUCAUCUACCAGCUCCGGAUCAGUAACGUUCAUAUUUGAGAAAGUAUGUUUGUUUCUCCCGGCCGAGAAGUCACGGGAGGUGGAUAUUGUGGAGGAAGUCGUGAAAACUGAAGAACCGGCCAAAGAAGAGGAAGUUAUAAGCGGCGAUAAAGAGAGAGAAAUAGUUGAAGAGAAGAAAGAAGAGGUUCAACCGGCACCGGUUCCUGCCCCAGCGGCUGCGGAGGUGAAGAAGACAGCCGUGGAAGAGGAGAAAACGGCGGCUGCGGAAGAUAAGAAGCCAGUGGAGGAGGUGAAAAAAGAAGUUGUUGCUGCAGCGCCAGUGGCUGAAACUCCAUCGACCAAGGCCCCAGAAACUCUGGUGGUUGAAACUCCGGCCAAGACUCCUGAAGCUCCGGCCAAGGCUGCUGAAGCUCCGGCUAAGGCUCCUGAAGCUCCAGCGAAGGCUCCAGAAACGCCGGCGGCUGAGCCAAAAAAAGCUUGAAUUUUUUUCAUAAUACAUUUCUUUAAGAAAAUAUUGAUCGUCUUUCCUUGACUUGAAUACUCUAAUAUUGAUUGUCUGUGUGGAUAAUUUAUUUUGUUUGUUUAAAUUAUUUGCUAUCCAUGUGAAUUUUCUAUACAUUAAUUUGCUUGCUUGAAUUACAUAUUUUGUGAUCCGA